GAUUCAUUCCGCUCUUCACUAGAUGAUACUCUUAUCGUUGCAAUCGCGGGUGACUAUGACCUUUCCACUGACACCGGCUACGAGGGAGCCUGUUCCACUUUGAACAGCCUCGCGCAACAUGCAGCUAUUGAAGAAGCCAGCAGUUUGGAUCCGGAAGGCGUAUUUCAAUAUACGGAGCAUGGUGAUCCAUUCCUGGUAUCUGAUACAACCCCUACAUCAGGAUGCAUCCAGGACAUUCAUGAAUCUAAAGGCGUGAGAUCGGAUCAUGGUGGAGCGGCGGCUCGGGCCCUUCUUGACAACAACAACAACAACAACAACAACAACAACAACAACAAUGGUACCGCGGACAGAGAAUUGUCAAAAGCCGAGUUAAUGGAAAGCGACGUGGUACAACUUCAGGCUCUAUUCCCCGAAAUCAAGAGUCUCGAUAUUCGAAACGCCCUCGUUGACGCAAAUGGUGUCGUUGCUGUUGCAUUAGACACUUUACUCAGUGUGCAAUACCUUCAGGCUACUCAUCAACAGCCUACCUCGUCAAAAGGUCGGCUCGAUAUAGACGAACCUGGAGCACAGCCUGGCAGCAAUGCGGGUUAUAUGGGCGGGUAUGAUGGGCAAAAGACUGAGACUGGCUUGCGCGAUGCAAAGGGGGCAAGAACUCCACCCGCUGUUUCCUACAUAGCAGAGCGGUUGCACAUGUCCUCUGAAGAGGUCUCCAUCAUGUAUGCUGAGAAUAGGAAUUCCAAAAGUGCAACCUUGAUUGGAAUUCUAGAUCAGUACCUCAUGCAAAACCCCAAGCCUCUAACGAGUGAGGAGAAGACGGCAGUGGGUGACCUCAAGCAGAAGUAUCGCUAUGUUCCAGAAGACUACCUGGCGGUUAUCGUUCAAAUAACCGGGCCGAUGUCUGCACAUUCUUUGGAGCUUGCGUCGUUGACAAACGCCUACUUCACCAAAAGAACAAUGAACCGGAGACUUGAUUUAGGUUAUCGACUAACACCGCUACCUCAUGAGGAUAUCGAAGGCCUGACAAGCAUGACUGUUAAUAAGCCAGCGGUUGGAGGAGGCGCCUACCAACGUUCUGGCCCAAUGGCAAAGACGAAUGAUAAUCUCACCCAGAUGGUACAGACCUCAAGCUCUCUACAGAGGCAAAGGCAAGACGCCAUGGCAUCCGCGGCAAGUCUCUAUCGACGGGGGUCGUCAAACCCACUGUAUCGGCAGGCAGCGGGCUAUUAUGCACAAGAAGCUCGCGAGCAUGCCAGGCGUGCUCAGGAAGUAGCAUCAGCCGCAGCAGACAUACGUGUGAAUCAGCAAAGUACCGAUUCGGUAGUUGAUCUGCACGGUGUUUCUGUUCUUGAUGGAGUUCGAAUCGCUCGCCAGCGUACUAUUGAUUGGUGGCAAGCGCGACGCAAGGCACGAGAACAGCAACUUCCAGAGCACAGCCUUACUAUCAUUACAGGAGUAGGCCACCAUAGCAGUGGAGGGGUAUCACCACUGCGGAAAGCUGUAGCAGCGGCUCUAAAACGGGAUGGGUGGAAAUUCCAAGUAGAGACAGGCAAGUUUAUAAUAACUAGUAGAGAAAAAUAA